AUGGAGCACAUUAACAGUUAUUAUUCUCAAGAAAAUUUAUUAGCGAGCUAUUCCAACGUUACAGACAUCACUUGUGGAGAUACAGUGUGUAGUAAAAUCGACGAAGUGAUAUUCUACGACUCAGGACCUCGGAUGCCUCAGAGAGCUAAGGAAAAUUUUAUCAAGUGUUUUAGAAUAAUUUCCAAGCCUUUGCCUGAAAAUACUUACUAUUCAAAAAGUUUCCCUCGGAAUCAAUUUUCCGUAUCUAAUUAUUCGACGGACGCCCACACAAAGAACGAUAUGAAACACAUAUUUGGAGACGAUUUGAUUAUAAAUAACCUACAUUUAAUACCAGAUCCACUGAAAAAGAAUCUGGCUGACUCUGUGAUAACUGGUGAAGUAAAAAAGAAGACAAUGUUGGAAACAAAGGAUUACGCGGAGGUGAAACCUCAAGGAUCGAGAAAUCAAAGGUCGGAUUAUUAUCUAUCAUUUGCAACUAUAGCUAAUUUUGUUACUGGGAUGUUUAACAAUAUGGGCGCGUUGUUUAAUAAAGGCUCAGAUUCUUCUUCUCAAUACGACGACUGUUUUGAGGAGUAUGAUGACCAGCAGAUGGCGCCACCAAUCUGGCAGUCUUCCAAACUUGAGGUUCAAAAUAAAAAUGAACAGACUGAUUCAAUAUUUAGUAGUGAUUCUUAUACAAAUUUGGAUGUAACAAUGAAUGUUGACUGUAAAAUAGCUGCUAGCAAUUGUCAAGAGAAAUUAAACCAGGUACGUUUGUUGCUGAGUAAUAGUAAACAAAACAAUAGUCAAAAUACAAAAUAUCAAUCAAGAAGACCGAAAAAGAUUUUGGUUGAGCCUGGAUCAGUAGAAGAUAGCUUUGAAGAUGCUUUCUGCACAGAAAACUGUACUAAUCUGCCUAGUAAUGCAAAUAUUGAAUGCUAUUGCCCAUAUAGCUAUCAUGAUGAGCAUUUUAUGGAGGCAGAAGGUUGUAAAAUUAAAACUGAAGAUAUAAAAGAAUCCAUGGAUAUUAUUACAGACUUAGAUGUAAACAAAUGUAAUGAUGUGAAUGAUAAUGUAAAAAGUAUAGAGAGAACCAUAACGAACGAUAUUGUGUCAGUUUGUGAUGACAAGAUAAAUAAAAUAAAGGCUUUAUUACAAUCAAAAAGGAACAAGGCAGAAAAAAACCAAAUGAUAGAAACACAACCCAUACCAAUACGAGAAGUCAUUGCUGAAACUACAGAACUUCAAAUGUCUAAUGAUUCCCAAGACAGUGAUUAUUUUAAUGAAGUCGCUGGGAAAUUCGUGUCUUCGUCAGUAGACAGUGAUGAUUCUUUCCAAAUUGUAUUUGCCGAUGAACCUUCAAAUAUUAGACGUAGACUAUCAUCGGACUGUGAGUCGGAAGAUUCCAUAGUGUUUGCUGACACACCGGAUAAUUGCUACCUAUCAAAUGAUGUUUUCGGGAGUGAUGAAAGCGAUGAAUCUGAUUCUGAAAAUGGAGAAUGUGGUUCCACUUGUAAAUUGUCCCCUAGUUUAUCGAGGACUUUUGGUGAUUUAACUGACAAUAGCUUGUACAGUGUAGAUGAAGUGGACAGUGCUAAUGUGUGUGAUACCAUAGACAAUAUACAGGAGUGUGACAUAGGAGAAGAAUAUACAGGACUGCUGUUAAAUGAAAAGAGAAAAUUGCAAAAGAAGAAGUUGCCAGCUAAGAAGGUCCACUUUUCUUCUGACCCGCCGAAAGUGCACGUGAUGAGGGUCUGGGCGUUUGCAGCUAGACAGGCCAGAGCUGGUCAUUGGGAAAGACACGCACUCGACCGUGAAAGAUUUAAGAGAAGGAUAGCAGACGUGGAGAUGGCUAUAUCAUGGGUUCUGAAACCCCAGCAUAGAUCAAGAGUUGUAUUCCAGAGGUUCAGGCCUUGGUGGAAUGCUCAACGACGUAAAGAAUUGGCAGAUAAGAAACUAGAAGAAGAGAAGAAGCUUGAAGAAGAAAAACAACUUGAAAAAGAUAAAGAAAACGAGGAGAAUGUUCGAGAUACACAGGGAACUAAGAAGGUUCCAGAAGAUGAAUUAAAUGAUAGGUCAGGUAAAGUUAAUUAUUUAGACGAUGUAAACGACAAUAUAUCCAAAAAUAAUAAUGUUAUUGAAAUUAGGGACCUUAUUGAUAAAGAAGACGAUGAAAAUGCUUGCAAUCUAAAAUCUUGCCUCGAGAGGGACCAAAGUAGUAAACAAAAUAAUGAUCAAUUCGACCUUGAUAUGCCACUUCUUAUUGAAAAAUUAAACGCUUUAAAUUUGAUUGAAAAUGAUAUAAUAUCGAAUGAAAAUGUUACU